AUGAGUGUGUAUGACAAACUAUACAACUUUUUAAACAAUGAUUUAAAUCAAACAAAAUGUGCCUCGAUAGACGAUAAUGACAUAUUUGAAGUGUAUAACACUGGACGCAAUUUCUUUGCUUAUUUUACUCCAGUUAUACUGAUGGUAGGGAUUAUAGGAAAUUCUUUAUCUCUUAACGUUUUCAUUUCCCGAAAUAUGCGUUGCCUGUCAGCCAGUACAUAUCUAGCUACAUUAUCAACAUCCGACCUGUUAGUCCUCAUAUUCUAUGUGGCAGUUGAAUGGCUCAGAAGAGGACUGGCGUACUUAGUACCAGAUGCAAAGCUAUAUUUCUUAGAUAUUAAUGGCGUGUGUCAGAUACAACUUUAUCUGUCAUAUGUUUCACGGUUUUUAUCAGCUUGGAUAAUUGUAGCGUUUACAGUUGAACGUUACAUUGGUGUAUGUCAUCCGUUACAAAGAAGAUAUAUCUGCAGCUCUAAAAGCACAAAGCAAAUUGUCUCCAGCAUAUUCAUUGUUGCAAUAGUAAUUGUAAUAUAUAAACCUAUUCUAAGUGGAGUUUAUAAAAGUAGUAUGGGAACGCCAUAUUGCACUGGUAAUAAAGAGCAUGAUUUUGCAGCUUUUGUUCUAGAUAGUAUUUUUGCAAUUCUAAUAACAUUAGUGCCAUUUAUUGUAAUCACAGUGUUGAACAUUUUAAUAAUGAGGAAGUUAUUUACGAGAAACAAACGUCACAAAGCCUGUAGAGUGAUAACUGAAGAGAGUGUUAUACGUUUAGAGUUUACAAUUAUCCUUUUAGCCAUAUCCGUUUGCUUCAUUGCCUUUAAUACACCCUACUUUGUGUUAUGGUGCAGAAAUUUUCUUACGUCUAAAUAUGUAUCUAGAUAUGUUGACAAUGCAUCUGAUGCUAAUCUACAGUACUGGAGAGGUUUACUUUACAUAGCUCGUACCAUAUUCUACAUGAACUACUGUGUUAAUUUCUUCUUAUAUAGUAUAACCGGCGCGUACUUCCGGCGAGAAGUACGUAUGUUAUUCACAUACUCAAACAGUGUUGAAACGCGACAACCAGUAUUGGCUAGAUGUAGCCGCAAUUCUCAUUCUAAUACUCCGUUAACGUGGUUGUGA